GCCAAGCAAUACUUGACUUUUUUUGACACGGCAUUCUAUUGACCACCUAUUCUUUUUUUGUGGAAGAAGAGCUUAAAGAAAAGACUAUUCCUGUACGUGAUCUGGAUGCUUAAUCUUUUGUAGGGGCUUUGUUUGAUAUUUCCUGAGCUGUGGAAAGAAUACUAAAUCUACUCUUUUGCGAAAAGUGAUCUUAAUGUGUCCGGAAUGCUCCCGAAAUCUUUAUUGUGUGUUCAGCAGAGGGCAAAGCGAGUCAUGCUCCUCCACCCCAUCUUUAACAUUUUGUUCCUUUAUGGAUUUGCUGAAAGUUUUGCAGAAAAACAUCCUGUUAGAGGUCCAAGUUUUGUAGCAGAGCCUCCAACUAAAGUCGAGUUUUCAAAUUCCUCUGGUACAAUUAUACCUUGCACUGCAGAUGGCUUACCUCACCCAUUAGUAACAUGGAAGAAGGCAAGUGGUGAACUGAUUCAAGACCUAACAGGAUUAAGGUACGCUCGGCAUGAUGGGACAUUAGUGUUUCCACCCUUUCUUGGAGAAGAAUAUAGAGCCGAUGUUCAUGCUGCUGUGUAUCGCUGCGAAGUUUCAAAUGUAGCUGGAAUUAUCGGGAGCAGAGAAGUCCAUGUUAGAGCAGUUGUUCCACAGUCAUUCGAGACGCAAUUGUUUGACGAGUUUGUAUUGCAAGGAAACAUGGCAGUUUUACACUGUCCCAUUCCAAGCUAUAUUUCUGAUUAUGUAAAAGUAACUUCCUGGGAAAGAAUGGAUGGCUUUAUCAUUAAACUAAAUACAAUAAGCGGAAAAUAUGGAAUGCUUUAUGAUGGCGAUUUAUACAUCAAGGAUGCAGGUUUGCAGGACAGCAGACACAGCUUUCGAUGCCACAUGGAAAACUCUGUAACAAAAGAAAAACACAGCAGCAUAAAUUUUGCAAGAAUUAUUGUUACUGAGCCACGCCAUAAUGAGGCUCCAAAAAUAAUGAAGAGUUCCACGCAAAUUACAGCUCGGAGUGGUGAAAGAGUUACUCUUGCAUGUGUAGCUCAGGGCUCUCCCGUUCCAUCUUACAGAUGGCAGAAAUAUUCCAACAUUCCACUAAGUUUAUUCAGUUUGGACUCCUCUAUUCGACAAGAGAACGGGAUUCUAAUAUUUGAAAGUAUCAAGUAUUCCCAUGGAGGAAAAUAUUCUUGCUUUGUCAGUAAUACCAUGGGAGAAGAUAAAAUUGAUUUUGAACUAACAAUUGAAGAAGAUCUUGCCCUAAAUAUUAUUCCAAAACUUUUACGAGUAGAUAUUGGAAACGAAGCCACAUUUAACUGCUCUGUUGCUGGAGGGUCUGCGGACUCGAUAAAGUGGAUGAAAGAUAUGAAAUCAUUAUCGGCAUCUUCACGAAUAUCAACAUCUAUGCCAACAGUAUUGCAUAUAAUGAAAGUUAUGAAACAAGAUUCAGGAAUGUAUCAAUGUUUUGCUAUAAGGAAUAAUAUCGAAAGUCAAGCAAGUGCUCAGUUAGUUAUUGGAGAUAUUACUCCUAAACUGAAGUUCACCUUUCCUGAGAAAAUCGUUCGACCAGGAGUUUUCGUGUCUUUGAUGUGCGUUGCAACAGGAAAUCCUGAGCCACAGUUUAAAUGGUCCAUGGAUAACCAAUGGCCUGUAUCGACUAGACCUGGAGUUUUCGUCAGUACUUAUUUAAAUAACCAGGGUGAAGUAUUCAGCUACGUCAAUAUCACAGCUGUGGAUAUAACGGAUAGUGGUUUAUACACAUGCGAAGCAUUUAACGAUGCUGGAAGUGUAAUUCAUUCGAGAAGAUUGAAUGUUUUUGGAAAUCUCUUCAUUCGGUCACUUCAUAAUUUGAGUGCUUUAUCCGGAGAAAAAUUUUCUAUCCUUUGCCCUUUCGGAGGAUAUCCAUUUGAUAGUAUUUCCUGGAAAAAGGACCAAAGAAAACUGCCAAUUAACCAAAAACAAAGAGUAUUUCCGAAUGGCACAGUUCAAAUUUCGGAAAUGCAGACAGGAGUUGAUGAUGGCAUUUAUAGCUGUGAAGUCACUUAUUCUCAAGGCGUACCAGUGUCUCGAUCUUUUAUUGUAGUUAUAAAAACAAAGCCACAUGUUUCGAACUUCCAUUUCCCAGAGAACUUACAUGAAGGAAUGAGGACUGCAGUAGCAUGCAUUGUACUGUCCGGUGAUCCUCCGAUCACUAUUAAAUGGCUGAAAGACGGUUUCCCAUUAAUUGAAGAAGACUUUGAUUCAAAUAUUAUCCAUGCAGGGAAUGGAUUUGUAUCCACUUUAACUAUCAACACAUUGAGUUAUAAACACAAUGGCAAUUACACGUGUAUGGCAACAAAUAAGGUUGGAACAGGAUCAUACAGUACUCGAAUGGUAGUCAGAGUACCUCCUAGAUGGAUUUUGCAACCUAAAGAUACUUCUGCCAUAGCUGGACAACCUGCUAAGAUCGAUUGUCAAGCUGACGGUGUACCACAGCCUCAUGUAAGAUGGAAAGUUUCAACGAAUGGUAUGGCAGAUCUUUUCAAAACCAUUGUCAGUAGCUCUUAUAUUCAUAUUUUGGUUAAUGGUUCACUGAACUUCCGAAGCGUAGAAAAAUCUGACGAAGGUGCGUAUCUGUGUGAAGCAAACAAUGGCGUAGGAACUGGUUUAAGUACAGUAGUGAAUUUAAAAGUCCAUAGUGCACCGAAGUUUCAUACCAAAUUUUUCGUGUUAACUGAAAGAAGAGGAGAAAAAGUUGUAUUAACUUGCAUUUCAUAUGGUGAUAUUCCCAUGACUUUCAUAUGGAGAAAAAAUGGAGAGAUUUUAGAUCCACAGUCCAAGCCAAGAUACAGCCAGCAGCCAGAGAAUGUUAAGGGGGGAGCAGGAGUUACUCUUGUCAUCGAAAAAGUAGAGCGUGGCGACACAGCGACAUUUACAUGUUCUUCCAUGAAUGACUUUGGAGAAGAUUCUAUGAAUUUUCAAUUAACCAUUCAAGAUGUUCCAGAUGCUCCCCAAAAUCUUGAAAUUCAUGAUGUAGGAAGUCGAACAGUAAGGUUGACCUGGAAUAGACCAUUUAAUGGUAAUUCUCCCAUUCUGCAUUACUCCAUUUCUUGGCGAGACAUAAAAGAUCAAUCUUUAGGUGGUCCGCUAACAGUACCUGGAGACGAAACAACAUUAACUGUAAGGGGAUUAAGUCCAAAAACAAGGUACUUCUUCCGAGUGAAAUGUGAAAAUAGCUUGGGCGAAAGUCAGUAUGGAGCAGAAGUAGCAGUCACCACUCUGGAAGAACCUCCUAGAAAUGCCCCUUUAGGAGUUAAAGCAAUUCCAAUUUCAUCGACAUCCAUUAACAUUUCUUGGCAGAGGCCAAUUGAAAUUGAUAGAACGCGUAAUGUAGAUGGAUUUUAUGUCGGAUAUAAAACAAAAGAUGGAAUUGAACCAUAUACUUUUAAAUCAACGGUGAUCAGUGAGGGAGUCGUACAAUAUUAUGAACUUCGCAAUUUGAAUCGAUAUACAGAAUACAGUGUUAUUGUUCAACCCUUUAACAGUCGGGGAGCUGGUCCACCUUCUGAUGAAGUUUUAACCAGAACUUUGGAGUUUGAUGCACCAGGGAUUCCUUCAAUAAAGUCAUAUUUUACAACUUCCAAAACUAUAAAACUUUCGUGGGAAAUAAAUGUUACUCCGUAUGCUCCUGUUUUAGGUUAUAUUUUAUACAACAAAAUGGAAGGAAGUACGUGGCAAGAAAUAAGACUAAAAGGAGAUUACAAGGAGCAUCUGUUCCAAGAUCUUCAAUGUGGCACUAAAUACUUCUGCUACAUAGUAGCUUUUAAUAGUGCUGGACGAGGAAACAGCAGUGAAAUUAUUUCCGUAAAAACCGAUGGGAAUGCACCCAUUGCUCCUGAUAAAAGAUUUCUUUUAAAUAUAAACUACACAACAUUAUUAGUCAAUUUAAACAGUUGGCAUAAUGGUGGUUGUCCAAUUCGAUUCUUCAUUGUUCAAUAUAAAGUUAAUGGCCAACAGGAUUGGACUUUAGUAAGCAAUAAUAUUAUUCCUGAACAACAAAAUAUUACGAUAAUGGACCUUAUACCUGGGACAUGGUACUCUUUGCUAAUGACAGCUCGGAACGACGCGGGAUCGACUGAUGCGGAGUAUGUUUUUGCUACUAUGACAAUGACAGGAGAAUAUCCACCAAGACCUUCAGAAAUGAGUGAAAAAAGUGGUCCUUUCUUCAGACAUUUAUUAAUAACUGUACCUGUCGUCAGUUCAGCUAUGGUUCUCAUUGUAGUACUGUGUGUUGUGUAUUUCAUAACAAGGCGUAAUUCAACUGGAGGAAGAGAACAGUCACCGGAUGGCAUUGAUAGAAACGAGCCCAUUAAGGCUGAGUCCUUACCACUAUCAACUACUUAUGAAACUGCUUUAGAACCAACAUACUUUCCAACUCCUUAUGCUGCAAGUAAAGUUACAGUAUACAAUCGUGAUACGUGCUUACAUCCAGGUACCGGACAUCAGCAAAAUACUGGGACAUUUGGAAGUUCCAGAAGUGGCUGCACAUAUGAUAUACCAUACCCAACUAGAAAGGUUCAAAGCACAGAGAAAAUUUACGAAUCUCCAAUUUUAUAUUUUCCUGUACUAGAUAAAGGCAAGUUCUAAAUUAUUAUUUUUAACAGACGAAGAAAAACUGCAUAUUGAAGAGAUAUUAUAAGCUAUUAGAUAAAAUUUUGUUUGCCAAUAAUAGUCUAAUCAAACAAAUUGUGUUUCAGCUGUUAUCAUAUGAAUUAUAUCUUAAAAAUUAAAUUUGGCAAAAAGUAAAUAAAGCAAACAAA